GUUCGCGUCCACUGUAUAAGGUUUUCACCAACAGGUGAAAGUUUCGCUGCCGCUGCCACCGAAGGACUCUUAAUUUACAGUCAAAAUGCCGGCAUCGACGGAUCAUUUCGGCCAUACCGACUGGAAUCAGGUUCCACACCAUACGCCGUGAAACAAUUGCUUCAGACAAGCUCAUGGGGCCCGGCGCUGAUAGGCGCCUUGCAACUCAACGAACAUUCACUGAUACAGGAAUGCGUUGAAGCUGUACCACCUUCUGACAUUGAGCUAACAGUUACAAGCCUGGAAGACGAUUACGUAGACCGCCUGAUGACGCCACUGGCUCGACUGUUAGAGGACAGUCGACAUCUGGAACACUUAUUACUGUGGGUGCGAGCCAUAGUGACCAUUAAGAAGAGGAAGUUCCCGCCUAGCGCGCUACUAGCUCUGGAGAAAGUGCUUACUGUCAAAUACUCGCAGUUAAGUAAAAUCUGCGAUUUCAACAAGUACACUAUUCGUUGCAUACGUACGGUUGCUAAUAUGGCGCCCAAACAAGAAAUGAACAUCGAUAUGGAUACAGACAACUCUAGUGGACGAGGGACAUUCUCUGACAGCGACUAAGCUAGUUUGUUUGUAAAAAUACGACAAUA